CAAGUCUGGGUUUAUUUCUUUAUUACUGUUGCACAUCUAGAGACAGAAAUUCUCACAGUUUUUCUUUGCAAACUAGCUCUUCUUCAGUCAGCAUUAAAGGGGAGCGUCUGAACAACAAGUUUAAAUCUCAUUAAUGCUCUUAUUUCCCUUCUGGUCAGUCUGGAUGCACAAUACCCUGUCUUUCUAAAUUUGUAAAUAUGUCAUACUCUUUGACCAUCGCUUUGAAAUGUUCAAACUUUGUAUUUUAUAACCUACGAUCUGCAUAGUUAACCUGUAAGGCAGCUGUAUGUAUACUAAGAUUAAAUUAUAACGUGACAAAAACUGGGAAAAAAGAGAGCAUGAAUGCUUCUGUAACAGGCACUCUGUGGGAUAACAAACUACUGAUCGUCUAAUGUAGUUACUGUUCUUGUGAGAACAGGAAACUUUCCUUGCUGCAGGCAGCAGCUUUGUACUGGUGUCACUUUUUGUGUCAACUUCAACUACUAUCAUUCGCAGUGGGAGAAAUCACCUCCAGCGCAUGUUAAAAUCUACACUACCCUCCUCUCUCUGCAUUUUAUUAGAUUAAUUUCAACCAUCUGACACCUGGGCCACACGGUUUAUUAUGAGGGGAACCGGGGUCGGGUAGCCGUUCUUUUCGCCCGAGCUUCGGGUUAUUGUUCCAUGUGGCCUCGGUGGGUGGACGGAAGGACGGCCCAUCCUGCCGCCUGUUGUUCAGCUGCUGGGCCAAUAAGCUCCCGGAUGCCGCUCAGUCCCGGUCCAAUGAGAGCAGCUGGGUCCGGGCUCGUUUCGAGAGUUGGGUUGUUCAAUCUGUGAGGAGGACAACAAUCCGCCGCAGCUCUCUGAGUGAACCGGAUGGAUGGAUGCUGACGAUGUCUCCUCCUGUUGGUGCUGGUGCUGACGGUGGAUGUGAGCGAUCGGCCUGAGGCUUGUUGCUGACUUCAGAUGAUGUGACGCAACAGAUCUGAUCAAGAGAACUUCUUGUACAACGCUGAGUCGCAAGACGAAAAUGUCGCAAAAACCUGCAAAACAGAAUGAGUUGCUGCUUCGCUGCAGGACGUGUGUCCUAUAACUGAGGCCACAUGUGCAUCCGGACAGAUGGAUCGCUGUAAGCACGUGGUUCGCCUUCGUCUGGGCCAAGACCAUUCCAUCCUCAAUCCACAGAAAUGGCACUGUGUGGAAUGCAGCACCACGGAUUCGGUGUGGGCCUGCCUCAAGUGCUCCCACGUUGCCUGUGGACGCUUCAUAGAGGAGCACUUCCUCAAACACUUUCAGGAGUCCCAACACCCAUUGGCCAUGGAGGUGCGUGAGCUGGAUGUCUUCUGCUUCGCCUGUGGAGACUAUGUACUGAAUGAUAAUGCAGAGGGAGACCUCAAGCUCCUCAGAGGCGCUCUCUCUACUGUCCGGAGCCCAGGUAGGCGGUCGCUGCGCUCCUCCGCUGGGGGGGACUGCGCCCCCUGGGUGUUGGAAGGUGGGCCGCAACCUGCCAUGCAGCUGGCCCUGCGCCAUAGGAGAAAAGCGCUCCUAGGAAAGAUGCUUCAGACGUGGAUUAGAAAACACCAAGAGGUUCAGAACCAGCGCAAGGAGAAACUUGAGGAGGCCAGGAGACAAAAGAAGGAGGUGAAAAGGAAACUCCUGGAAGACCUCGGCAACAUUCCUCCUAGAAAGAGUGCCAGGCUUCUGACUCAGGGGCCACGUUCAACCAUGACACUCAUUCCUCGCAAAUUUCGCGACCCCCCAGAACGCCUACCUCCACCUCCCAAGAAGCCUUCACUCCUCGCCCUGCCCCGCCGGGCGCCACAGAUCAGCAGAGCCGCUAAGUUGAGGAGGUACUACUCCACGCACGCCGUAACGCGGAGGAGGCACGCUCCAGGUGUCACUGGUCUACGCAACUUGGGAAACACGUGCUACAUGAACUCAAUAUUGCAAGUGCUGAGCCACCUGCAGAAAUUCAGGGAGUGUUUUCUCACUUUGGACCUGUGUGAGACUGAGGAGCUGCUGGCCAAGACCAACCACUCCCAGGGCAUGAAGGGGGUGACUGGAGCUGUCGUCAACAGCGGCACCACUCCGCCACUGUCGGAGAACCCUCUGGGACGCAUGGGGAAGGCGGGGUGUUGGAAUUUGCCGGUGGGCAAAAAGGAGAGCGUCGCCCCGUCCCCACAGGCUGCAGAACUGGUCCAGCCCAAAGAGCCUCGCUGCUCGACUCGCCAGCAAAUGUCUCUGUGUCACGAGCUGCAUACACUAUUCAGGGUCAUGUGGUCGGGCCGGUGGACUCUUGUGUCUCCCUUCGCCAUGCUGCACUCCGUGUGGAACCUCAUCCCGGCGUUCCGUGGAUACGACCAGCAAGACGCCCAGGAGUUCCUGUGUGAGCUGCUGGACAAGGUGCAGCAGGAACUGGACACGGAGGGGUCCAAGCGGCGGAUAGUCAUCCCCAUCACAAAGAGGAAGCUGUCCAAGCAAGUGCUGAAGGUUCUGAACACCAUCUUUCACGGGCAGCUGCUCAGCCAGGUGACGUGUCUGUCCUGUAAGCACAAGUCCAACACAGUGGAGCCGUUCUGGGAUUUAUCGCUGGAGUUUCCAGAGCGAUAUCACAGCAGGAACAAAGGCUCGGGCGCCACUGCGUACCAGCGCAGCUGCUCCCUCAUAGAGAUGCUGUCCAAGUUUACAGAGAUGGAGGCUCUUGAAGGCAACAUCUACGCCUGCAACCACUGCAACAAAAGAAGAAGAAAAUCAUCCCACAAACCCUUAGUUCUGUCAGAAGCACGCAAGCAGCUUCUGAUCUACCGCUUACCUCAGGUUUUACGUCUGCACCUCAAACGUUUCAGAUGGUCGGGCCGGAACCACCGGGAGAAAAUCGGCGUCCAUGUGGCCUUUGACCAGGUUCUGAACAUCAAACCAUACUGCUGCACAGACUCAGGUCACUCUGUCCACAGAGGCGGCUACACCUACGAUCUGUCUGCUGUGGUCAUGCAUCAUGGUAAAGGCUUCGGCUCAGGGCACUACACCGCAUACUGCUACAACACAGAAGGAGGUUUCUGGGUCCACUGUAAUGACUCUGAGAUGAAGGUUUGCAGCGUGGAGGAAGUGUGCAACACUCAGGCCUAUAUUCUCUUCUAUACCCAGAGGUCUGCCUAGGUACCUCUCUCGCUGUGACUUGUACUGAGGGCUGCAUUUGAGGCGACGGUGUCUGAAGCUUUCCCUGAUGUCACUUUGAAAGGGUUUGCCAAACAAGACGGUAAUGAGGGCAAAGGGGAAGCCGACCGUAUGGAUGCAUGUCAGUAACUUAGAAUAUCAUCGUAAAGUUAAUUUCUGUCAGCAGUUCAAUUCAAAGGGGAGAAACUCCUGUCAUACUUAGAUUCAUUACAGAGUGAUAUUCAGUUUAUUUUCAUGAUUUUUAAUGAAAACUGCUUUGAAACCUAAAGUUAGUUUCUCCAAAAAAUAUAUAUAUUACAUAAGAUCAAUUAAGUCGUUUAUUUAUAUGGUAUAUUUAAGCAGGAAGGCAGUUCAUGAAUGCAUUAAACAAUAAAAAAAAAAACAUAAAAAACAAACUUUACAUUAUAUUGGCAAACUAAAAAUAAUAAAAAGUUGUAAUCCAGAGCAGAAAUGUACCACUUAUUAUGAAACAAAGGCAACACCAAGCAGGUUGUUUUCUAAUCUUGAUUUAAAGGAACUCAGUGUUUCGUCUGUUUUGCAGUUUUCUGGAUGUUUGUAGAGGCUGAAUGUUUGGUUCUGGUUCUGUUGAUGCAGAGCAGAUGAGAACCAGAAGGCCGAUACAACAACAACAGAUCUGUAAGGUAUUUUGGUGCUAAGACAGUUCAGUGGUUUGUAAACUAACAGUAUUUUAAAGUCUAUUCUCUGAGCUCCAGGAUUUUAGGUGUGAGGUGAUUUUCUGCAUCUUUCUGGUUUUAGUCAGAACGCGAGCAGCAGCGUUCUGGAUCAGCUGCAAACCUGUAAACACACUAUUAUAAUAAUCAACUGAAGUUGCAUUGAGUGUCUUUUUAUCUUGUUGGGACAUUAGUCUUUUAAUCCUGGAAACGGUCUUCAGGUGAUAGAAGGCCGAUUGUAAUAAUGGGAAAUUUCUAUGACUGUUUGCUGCAGGUGGGCAUUUAUCGUAUUUAUCAUUUAUCAUAAUAAAUUUCUUACUGUCACGAUAAUUUCCAAUCAAUGUUUGGAAAAAAAAUAACUAUCCAUAUUGUUAGAAUUGUUAGUUUUACUACUCUUCCACUGUUUGUUCAAUGAAAGUAUCAAUAACUAUCAAAAGAAUUAAAAUAUAAUUAAAUGCAGUUACUGUGCGCAGUUUAGCAACUCUAAUCAGACUCUAAUCAGUCAUGCAGUUGCAGUUUAUACAAUAACCUAAAAAAGAAGUAAUAAAUAGUUUUGAUUGUUACCUUUAUUGUUAUUACGAUAGUAUCACAAAGUAUCAUGAUAAAACUUUAACUCUGUAUUGCCCGCCCCUACGGUCUACUGGAUAAUCAUCCAUAAAAUCACAUUUGCAUUAUUUUUUAUUCGUCUUACGUAAUAUUUUAAAGUUUUGAGAAACUAUAUUUUGGGUUUUCAUUAACAGCAAGAUGGCGUCGUCAUAUUAACAGGAAUAAAUGCGUGGAAUAUAUCACUCCAUGUAAUGUAUCUGCAUACGGUGGGAGUUUUGCAUUGAAUUACUGACUAAAUUCAACCUUUUCACGUUCUAAUUUGUUGAGAUGCGUCUGUGGUUGGAGAUGAGACCGAUGGAGGUGGUGGGUAACUUUUGCCAUGUCUAAUAGUAGGCAAACUUUAUUAAUGUUUAGAAGGCAGGAUAAUGUCUGUUAGUCGGAGAAACCUUUUCAUAAAUGAGGCUGCAGGUUUUUCGGCCUGCAGGACGAACUUUUUACUUCAUGGCCUGAAGACUGUGGGAGCAGGUCUUGUCCUGCUGAACACCAACAUGUGUGUCCAUGUUUUUACACCACAACCAGGCUGGAAACGUCCAGUCGCUCCACUGAGACAGCAUUUUACAUUCACGGGCAACACGGACUCUGGAGUUUGAAACACUUCUUUUGUUUUCAUAUUUUAGUGUCACACGUUUGAUCUCUGAGCACUAAAUAUGUGAUCAGUCCAAACUCCGUGCUGCCUCCUGUUCAACUUUUUUAAUUAUUGUGUAAUAUCAAAUAUCAAGCUUUUAAUACUCACCGUGUGUCAUUUGUAUUCUUUUAUUUUUUUUUCCUCUCCUCUAAUGUACGCUGUGACUGGAUACUGUGUCUUAGGCUCAAGACUCUCAGAGAACAUGAAUAAUUAUUUUUAUUUUUUUUGUCUUUCUGUUUUAACUCCAUGAAAAGAGGUGAAUAAACUGAGUUUCCAACAAAUUAUGAUGAAUGAAGGGAAGCUGCAAUUCUCUGGAGGGGCUGCUGGUCCUACUGUACGUUUGGCUCGUUUAUUCCUUUAAGAAGCAGCUCCUCCUGCGGUUUAACGGUUUGACCGCUGCACCUCUGUCUAACCUGCUGGCAGACGAGAAGCAAAUAAUAAAAAAAAAAAAACGGCAGAGGAAGGUGAAUCUGAAGAAUGUGUUUUUGGGGAGGUAUACCCAUUUUAAAGUCGUGCACCUGAAAGCAAUAUAUUGUACAUCGUUCAUCUUAACAGGAAGUUGAAAUAAAAUCAGGAAUUCCUCUGCUUAUUAUCCAAGGUUUUGUUAUUUGUGUUUGUUUUGUUUUUUUUCUACUCUGCUGUUUCUAUCGAGGUCUUUAGAAUUUGCUAGGUAAUCAAGAAAACUGUUGUGUUUGAUACGAGUCAAAUGCAAAACACAUUUGUGAACUCUGUGAAAGUUGGAACAAUCUAAAUGACGAUGAAUGUCUUACUUGAUAGCGGUCAGUUGUGGCCAUGCCACUGGCUCUGAUCUCCUUGAGUUCUGUCUUGUACUGUAAGAAUACCUGUCAUAAAUGUAUUGUUCGUAAGGGUUUUGCCUGACAGUAAUUAUUAAAAAGACAACAAACGCA